CAAGUAGAUAGUUCAUUAUGCGGCGGAAGGGGAAGGGGCUGCAGUCUUCUGAAUCCCUCACAAACAUGCGAGCUUCUGGUUGAUUUCUUGAAGGAACUGAAAAUAUUUUUGAACUGUAUAAUAUCAGUUUUUCUGCCAAUUGGGGCUGCCAAAAUUUUGACGGCCAAAAAUGUAAGAAUUUCCCUCGUUAACCUUGCAGUUACGACAUUAUGUCGGGUUAUACUGUGAUUUUUUUGAGCUUGAUUCUUUUUAGAGGUGGAUUCUAAGCCCCAAUAAUAAUGUGGGCCGGGUCUGCGCUCAAGUUAAUCGGUUUAUUAGCUGCGUUCAAAGUUCACUCUGCUGUGAAAGAUGAUCUGUGUAGUCGAAAAGAGCCCCCUCCUGGAGUUUUGGUACUGAAGUUGGGAAGCAAUGUUGUGCUUGGCUGCAGGGGUGAUGUCACUGUGGAUGAUGUGCCACUGGCUUCGGCCACUGUUAUGAAUAAAAGAGACAGAAACAGGUGGAAAGCAGACAUACCUGUCAUAUGGACAACUCAAAGAGAAACAGUAUACGCUGAUGUUAAUAGUACACAUCAGACCAAUAUCAAGAGAGUUGUAACAACUGGAACAGACCAAAAGAUAUUUGAUUCUAGUAAAUAUACUAAAGCUAAAGAAGAUAUGAAGAUCACUGUUAAAACCCCCAUAUCCAUAAAGAAUGAGCAAACCACUUCAAGGCGUGUUUCACGUGCUGUCAAUCAACACACCCAGUCAGAGAUAUCAGAUGGAGCCAAACCGGGAAAAGAGGCAUUUGCUGUUACCAUGGGGCCGGAAAACUUUUCUGAGGAUGAUGAAUUUGAGGAUUAUUAUGAAGAGGAAGGGUCAAGAGUGACAAGAGGCAUCAAAAUGCGAACACGCUGGACUCUGAAUGGUCAACUAGUACGUGUGGGAGUGGAAAGGGGUGGGAUUUUAAAACUUCCUAAUCUCAGUUUGGCCAAUGGUGGUAAUUACCACUGCUACAGAGGAGCGAGACUGAUUUCAACUGUCAAAAUCAGCGUUGGUGUGCCUCCAGAAAAACCUACUGUCUCGUGCAACAGGAAAUCUCACACCAGCCAGGUACGCUGUGUUUGGACAUCCAAACAACCAGUAACCCCACGUCCUCUGUGUUAUCUACUACUUAGAAGAGGAUUUUUUAGUAAUGCCACCCAUGUGCCUUGUUCAUUCUCCCAUUUGCGGUGUUGGUGUGCUUUUCCUGUGGAGGAAGGUGACAGAACUCUCCAUUUGGCACAACUCUGUGUGACGAACAUAGCAGGCAAUGCUGCCAGUCGUGUAAUCAGCUUUAACCUACAGGACAUCAUUAAGCCAGAUCGCCCAACCAACGUUGUGGUGAGAGCAGUUGAGGGCCAGGAGGACACACUUAAAGUGUCCUGGUCUUAUCCCAGUACAUGGAAGCAAGGCUUCUAUUACCUGCAAUUUCAGCUGCGAUAUCGACACCAACAAGCGCAGGAGUACAAGUCAGUGUUGGUGGAUAAAAGUUUGAAAAAUCGGCUGUCCUGGAUGAUUUACUAUGCUCUGCCAGAUAGUCAGUAUGAGGUGCAGCUUUGUGCCAAGGAUGAGUAUGACGGCAUCUGGAGUGAUUGGACUGACCCUGUCUUUGCCUUAACCUGGACAGAACCUAAAACUACUACUGCCUCUGAAAGCAGCACUUUGGAACCAUUCGAGAUGUUUCCUGAAGCCUCUGGAGGAUAUGGAGUUGACCCUGAUAUAGGUUCAGUGUUGAUAGCUGGAGCUGCUGAUGAAUAUGCUCCAGUGUGGCUGUAUGUGUCAUGGCUUUUGGGGCUGUGUUUUCUUGUAGCCCUCACCAUACUCUCAGUCUAUUUUUUCAGGCAUAGGCUACAUUUUGUGUAUAGAAAAGGAAAAAAGAUUUUUCCCUUUUCCUUCAUCUCUCGAUACUCUCCCCCUCGUCCUCCACCUCCAACCUCCGAACAGCUUCCAGAGGAAAGGUCUCCUCCCGAGCACUGCCAGCAUUACUCUCUUCCAGUUCAGCAAGAGGAAGAGGAGGGCAUUCAUCUGCACAAUAUGGACUAUUUCCUGUCUCAAGGGGCUGAGGGUGUGCCAUGGACGGUUGGCUCUUCUACACAAGAGACAUGA